UUUAUUUAAACUAUGCUACUUUUGUUCGCUUCCGCUGACUCCCCGAGGAAGGAGACGACCAUUUGGGACUUUCCCUCGAUUGUUCGUUCGCGUCUUUUCGAUUCCCUCUUGCAAACGCAAACUACCCUCUUGGAGUCUUGAUUUACUUUCAGGUGUUUGGAUUCCCUUUCCUGCAUCCUCUGAAUCACCCGGUUGUUUGGCCCUGUCUGUGGAUUUGAGAAAUUUCUCGAGCAUUCCCCUAAAUUCCGCCGGUUUGAUUCUCGUUCGUCCAAUCUCUUAGCUUUCUUUUCUUUUUUCAAAAAAAGAUGAAACUUUGUGCUUAUUGAAUCCAUUGCUUGUCGAAAGGUCUUUUAACCUUAUUUUCUUCUUCGAGAGGUUGUAGACUGAUUCAUAUGACAUUAAUCCGAGGAACUUUGCCUUUCGUAGUUCGUUUAGGCGCUUUUACGCAAUUCAAAAUGGAUUAUUUUUGUUAUUUUAUUUAUCACUGCUGGCCAUAUAGUAUGCUGACCUUGCCCUUUGUGAAAAUGAAGUCCAUAGACAAUUUGCCAUAUUUGACCUAAUCCCGUCAAUUAUUAUUAUUUUAAAGUUUUUGAUUCAGCAGAAUGUUACUUUUUUCCUGGCAGAGGAACAAUGUUGUAAGUGAUCAUAACAAAGUGCGUAUUCAUGUCCUUUAUCUUCACCACCUUAUUUAUUUAUUUUUUUUGCUCUAACUCAGUCUGAGUCGUUAAAUCAAUUGGACCUAUGUGUUUGAUGAAGAAACUUGUUUGUGUUUUGUCAAAUUGUUUAUAUCACGCUGAUUUUUAAGUUUUGACUUUUCUCGGUGUAUAUUGUUAACUCAAUACUAGUGCAAUUGUUUAUAUGUUGUGCGUUUUGUAGGAUCUGAGGAAGAAUAUUAUGGUAAAAAUACUUAGUCAUAUGUUGUUUUGGAUAACCCUCUAAGCUCAUUGUAGGAUAAUGAUUUUGAUUUUUUGAACAGGUUACAGGUUUUCUUAUCAAUAAAGUGAAAUUCAAAUGUUAACACUGGUGGCUGUUGAUAUACGUCCAUGAUUUUUAAAUAGUUUCUCUUCUCAAUCUAUUGGUCUGUGUUGCUUUCCUCAGAUUUGUUGCGUACCAUAUAAAAUCGAUAAGACGGGUGCUCUUUGUUGUGUGGCCACUGGGCCACAUGGACCUAAAUCUAAUUCCUCCAGAAGAGCAGGCUCCAUGGAUCCACAUGAUCCUCCCUGGCGAACCAAUUCAAGCUACUCGCCUCAUUUAUCUAGGAGAUGGGACUGCAGUUCUCAGCCACCUGAACUAUCUAAUAGAGUCCAUGAAGUUCCUUUGACUGGCAGUUCAUACUCUCUGAGUAGUAAAAGUGGCAGACAAACUUGUGACCUUAAUCAUCACCAUUCUGUGUCAGAUGGGGCAGUAUCUUUGACAGGGAGCCCAUCUGACCAUCUCCAACCACGCUGCUGGACACCAUGUAUGCAUAGAUAUGAUCUUGGGGAAUUUUCUAUACCCACUGGAGGUGGGAGGCCUGAAGCUUGUGUAUUCUCCAGAGGAAGUGAGGGAUAUGUUUCUGUGGCAGAUAGUAUUGGCUCUCCAUUUUCACCAUUAGAAUCUAGUAGAUGGUCAUCUGCUAGCAAGCAACCCCGUCAACUUUCGAACAGGUGGUCAUUCAUUUCAAAGCCCAUUUAUCCACUUGUGUUCCAGAAUCCUGUUUCAGAUGCUGAUGUCCCAGGAACAGCUGAAGCAAGUUCUAGUGGUGCAAGAAUGCACCAGGAAGAUAUUAGGGCUUCACCCAUGUGGUCUGAGAGAACAUGGAGUCCUGAGCUUAAGUUCCAUAGAGCCCUAACUGAACUCCAGAAGAUGGAGGCUUCUUCAGAACUCAGCAUGAGUUCGAGAAGGGAAGGAUUUAGAUGGAGUAACGCAAGCAGCUACGAUUUCAGGUUUGACGGGGAUGGCACAGAAAUCAGAGACAAUAUUGAUGUAGAGAAUGAGAGAUACCCUAAUGACGCUGCAGCAUACCAGAAAUGUGAACUUUGCAAGAGGUCGUUGCAUCAGAAGUCUCCGUGGAGUUCUAAUCAGAUCAUCAAAAACGGGGAUAUGCCUGUCGCCGGCAUACUACCAUGCCACCAUGUUUUCCAUGCAGAUUGUUUGGAAGAGACAACUCCAAAGGAUCAAAUUCAUGAGCCACCCUGUCCAGUGUGCCUGAAAGCCACUGGAGUGGAAAAACUGAUAUCAUUCUCAGAACCUCUCCAUGUGGCUCUAAAAUCUUCUAUCAAGAGUCAUGGCAUGGGAACAUUCAGUGAAGCAGGUACUAGUAACAACCUGAUCUCACAUCAGUGCAAGGAGGAAACGAGGCAAAACAAUUUACUUGCUGCCCCUCAACAUACGAGUUCGUCUAUGAGGAACCACAUCAAAAAGCUAUUUUCUUUCAAGAGCAAGAUAGGAAAGGAAUUCCAGCGGAGCCAAAGUGUUUAGGACUAGCAGUUGACAACACCAAUCAGAAAAUUACGUGAACAUAAAUUCUAGGCAAGUGUAGAUCAUCGAUUCCAGGUUGGUGUUCCAUUCCCUCUUUAUGCUCCACCUUAUUCUGCUUGCUCAUUAUGAGGGCUGUACUUUCAGUUUGUCAAUAUCUCUGGUGUUUAGACAAUAUCUUGUGACCAUGAUUUUUUUUAUUACCUGAAUAAUUGCAUGGUCAAGAAAGAUCAAUACCAUUUUUAGCAAUUCAUGACUAGCUAGUUGGAUUA